CAUGCCUACUGAAUACCAUUAAUUACUAACAUAUUCAGUAAUCACUAUCAUGAUUGUAUUUUGAUUAAAAUGCCUCUUUCUUUACAGUUUUUAUGAAAUCCAAAUAUUUUCAUUGGAAACCGUUCUGAGGAUUUCUCACAAGCAAUUAUCGGUUAAACAGCCUUUAAAACCUUGUUAAACCUCAAAGGUUAAGCUCCAUGCACAUUUAUACAAACGGCUGUCGAUUUGUCUUGUCUGUCUUCACGCAGGAGUCCUGACGGCUGCAGUUGCAGUGUCUUUCACAGUCAAAGCACAAACAUUAAACCAAAACUCCCUCACUUAACUGAUCUGAUUUAAUGAACCCACUUGCCAGCCAAAAUUAAACUAAAGAUUUCCAGUAAACUCCAUUCUUUGUCUGGAAGUCUCAGCUAUAGGCCAUCACACAAUAAAGCCCAGAUGAGGCAGAGGAUAGGAACAGUUAUUUCAGUUAUAACUAAAUAUGUAAUAUACCAUGAAUGGACUCUUAAUAUGAGGGGCCACAAUAAGCAUUUACCCUCUAAUUAAGAUGUCUAAUUUGGAAUGAAAAGACCAGGGAGACCUUACAGUAUAGAGCAAUCCAAUAUAAUAGCCCUGCAAUAAGCACCACCUCUAUGAAGCGGAGUGUUCAGUUUAUUGAGAAUAUCAAGUUUUCAUUCAAACUGAUGCACUAUCUGGCCUUGUUUCUCUCCCAAGAAGUUGCCAAAGAAACUCAAUGUUAAGCAUGGUGAAUGUCAAACUCUUGUUAAAGCUGAUGCAUACUGCCAACAUACUGUAUAGUUAUGUUUUAGAGGCAGCUCCCAAACGCUGCCAAAUCAUAUAAUGUUGAAUGGAGAAAAGUCUCCAAAAGGUGGGCCUCUAUGUGCCAAAUGCCUGAAAGUUAGUCGAGUCGAUCAUCAUAACGGGCAGAAAAAAAAAAGAAAAAACAGGAAAUGUAUUUACCGGUGACUGUAGAUGAUGUUAAAUCAACACCUCUUAACAACCCAAACAAAAAACAAAUAUGGGCACUUUUCAUCCACUGGAGUUUUACAUGUUAAUUUUUUCUGUUAUUGUGUCCACCUAAUAUGAAUAAAUACCAAAUUCUCCAAUAAAUGUUUUUUUUUUUUUUUCCCAUAGUCUUAUUGGCCAUGUUCAGCAUCAGUCUCUGUCAUGAAACUCACUGGCUUGUAUAUAAACCCUGGAUAUUCCCCCUUGAACCCCAAUAUCCCACAAAGAAUUAGAAACCCUCGCUAAGCUGCCUGUGAUAGUCCCUAUUAAACCCACCCAAUGUUGUGGACACCCUGUCAGCUUGCCAAGCAACAGAAACAUCCCAGCCAAAAUCAUGUAGAGGAGAGCAGAGCACUAAGCUUUGGCCAGGCAGCCUGCUGCAAACCAUGUAAUCCCCUGCUAGUAGCUACCGGCCAGAGAGAGACAGGCUGCUGCUGGGUCACAGUUUUAUCCCAGCUGGCAGCAGCGCUGUGCUUUGGCAGGUGAGAUAUGGCUGAAGUGGUUGAUAAUAAGAUUACUCGCAGGGUUGAGAGGAAAUGAGGAAAAUACAAGAUAGACACCCAAAAGGUCGAUGAGCCUACUGAAGUCAGUGUUGGUGUGGGGUUUAGGUGUCCUGAUGCAAAAAAAGAGAGUCCCACAACAACAACAAAAGUGAAUAAUGUAAUCGACAGGGGGUGGACAGAAUAACCAACACUUUGCAGUAGGCUAAGGGAAUAUUUUAUUGCCGAGGCUGCAUGAUGAUCAUUGUCUAUGUCAGUCGUUGUUUGUAAACAAAUACCAAAUAAGUGCCUUAGUGCCUGCCCCCUGCAAUGUUGCAUAACUUUGUAGGGCAGCGGCAAUCUGGCUUCUUUCUACCCGUAUUAAAUCUGACAUACUUUACGCUGCUAAUUGUGCAACACGCUAAUGUGACUUGCUUGUGCGGGAGCUGCCGUUUUUAUGUGGAGCAGCAGCACAGAUGUCUCAAAAAAUCAUCACGAUGCACGAGCGAGACCCUGAGCAACAUUUGUAUUGCUUGAUUAAAAACUACAGGGAAGAUGCCUAGCUGGGCACCCCCUCUCUUUUUCCUGCUACCAGUUAGACCCUCACUGACAAAAAAAAAACUCAAGGGGAUCAUAAAAGCCGUUGGUUCAUGAGCUGUUAUAGAAUAUUGAUACAAGCUUUCUUUUAUGCUUUUUCUUUUUUUUAAGGUCAUGACGUGCGGCAGCAAAGGGCCCCAUUAUGGGUGUUUACAUUGACAUAAGUAAACUGGUUAUGAUCAGGUUUUUGAAGUAGCCUAUCCCUUUUUUUAUGUUUAAGCAUGUAAAAAUCAUAUCCUUUUAAUGAGACUCCCCAAAUAUGCUGGAUGACGUGGUCUCCGAACCGUAAUGCACUCGCAUUCUUUAAAUGGGCUUUUUGCAUGUUUCUUGCCCCGCCGACCAUCUGCGCAGGCGCGGCUUCAGCCUACUGACGUAACAGAAUAAACAAAAACAAUGGCGGCAGCGAUAGCGUCGCACUUCCACAGCGAUGAAGAAACGGAGUUUUUUCUCUCGAGUCAGACAGGCAGGCAGACCUCCACCAACCCAAGUACAGACACAGACAUGGACCCGAUGGCCAGCAACGUGACCAACAAGACGGACCCUCGCUCCCUCAACUCCCGCGUCUUUAUCGGUAACCUCAACACCCUGCUGGUCACCAAGGCCGAUGUGGAGGCCAUCUUUUCCAAGUACGGCAAAGUCUUGGGCUGCUCCAUCCACAAGGGCUACGCCUUUGUCCAGUACGCCAAUGAGAGGAACGCCCGGGCCGCUGUGGUCAGUGAGGACGGCCGCAUGAUCGUGGGACAGGUGCUAGAUAUCAACCUGGCAGGCGAGCCGAAACCUCACAGAUCGAAGACAGGGAAGCGUUCAGCAGGAGACAUGUACAGUUCCUCUGUUGAUUUGGAUUAUGACUUUCAAAGAGAUUACUAUGAUAGGAUGUACUCCUACCAGCCCCGGGUGCCUCCUCCCCCUCCCCCUCUGUCCCGUGCUGUCAUUCCCACAAAGCGUCCCAGGGUCAGUCUGAGUGGAGGAGGGAGCCGACGAACCAAAACCAGCUUCUCUUCCUCCAAGACCAGCCAGAGGACCUCCCGAGUACUGAAGGUAGAUGAUCUGCAGACCAUCAAGAGAGAGCUCACACUGAUCAAACACAAGGUGGACUACCUGCUGGAGAGCCUAGAGUGCAUGGAAAAGGACCACAGCAAGAAGUCAGAGAUGAAGAGCUGCCAACCAGAACCAGGUGAGGUGUCCCCCCUCAACUCCUCCACCUCCAGCAAGAAAGAUGAGAGCCUGAAACGGGGCCUGAACGACUCAGACGAGGAGGGCGAUCUGCUGGAUGAUGAAGACGAGAUGAAAUGCAGAGGGAGAGAGGAGGAGGAGGAGGAGGAGGAGGAAGGCGAGCAGGAGGAAGGAGAGGACGACGGCGAUAGCACCAACGGAGACGAGUCCUAAACAUUACACAGGCACACAAACGCAUACAUGCAUAACACAGAUUGUGUUUGAGUGUAUCUCCACACCAGACUUGUACACAGUGGUCAUGUCAUAGCUGCUGAAUUGACUGGACAUUUAUAAACAGUGUAUUGUAGCUAUUGCUUUCUCACACACACAUACACAUUCUUAAAUAUGUCAAGUACUUGUUUCUGGAUUUUCCAAUUUUCUUUGAAGUUGGUAAUUUGAUUUUUCCUAAUUUUUCCGACAUUCUUUUAUUCAACUUUUUUAUGGAUAUUUUCUGCCAUGUUUAGAGAAAAUGCAAGUUCAGUUGAGGAUAAAUGCAACAUUGUAUUGCAUUGUAUGUUUUAAUUCAGGGCUAUAAGCCACUCCAGUGUAACAUUGACUGAGAAAUUGUUUUAUUAGAUGACCGUUUAGUUGAUUUAAAGAAAAGAAUAAUUGAACAAAUUACCACGUGGCAGUAGCUGAUAUGACAAGAUUUUCUCAAGUGCAACGGUUUGAAUUUAAGUCAGGCUUGAGACAAAAUACCAGACAUGGUACCACGGUCUAGGCUUGAAAAUGUACAAGAUUGAAAAUAUAUUCCUGAUCUAGCUGCGGUACAGCUGCCUCCUAACCAGCAGGUGGCAGUGUAUCACAAUAACGGGCCACACAGGAGGACUUAUUUCUGUUACCCUUCUGCUUGUCAGAUAACAAGAGCAUGUAGAAAACCUCUCAUCAGGCUGCACAAAUGCUGAGACAAAAUCCCCAUUGCUCUGAAAAAUAGUUUAGUUUGUCGCAGUGUUGCAGCCUUGACUGAUCUGGACUAUGUAAUGCCGUGCUGUCCAUGUUUGUCGGUUUCUGUUGUUUUGUUUGUCAUUCGACUGCACUAGUCAAAGUGAAUAAACAUGUUUUCCAAGUUG